AUGCAAGCUUUUUCUUCCUCCAGCAUAAUGCACCUGGUGGGCGACCUGAUCGCGCUGCUGGACGCGGUGGCGCCGAGUGAGGAGAAGGUUUUUGUUGUUGGGUAUGACUGGGGCGCCAUUGUGACUUGGCAUCUCGCUAUGUACAGACCUGAUAGAGUCAUGGCUUUGGUCAAUCUCAGCCUGCCCUUCUCUCCCAGGAAUCCUCAGAUGAAUGCGGUUGAGUUGGGUCGCCAAUUGUAUGGCGAUGAUCUCUAUAUCUACAGGUUUCAGGAACCAGGUUAUAUAGAAGGUGUGUUUGAGGAGGCUGGCACGAAGGAGGUUCUCAAGAACAUUUUUUCGUACCGCAACACUAAUCCAUUUUACUUCCCCAAUGGUCCAACGGAGCAAGAUCUUGACUAUUAUGUUACCAAAUUCAACAAGACUGGCUUCACCGGAGGAGUGAACUACUAUCGUGCAUUAGCCUUGUGGGAACUGAAGGCCCCGUGGUCGGGAGGUGGAGUAACAGUGCCAACGAAGUUUAUCGACGUAGGGGAACUUGACUUUAUCUAUCAUGGUCCCGGGGUCCAAGAUUACAUACACGGAGGCGGGUUCAAGCAAUUCGUGCCAUUGUUGGAGGAUGCGGUCGUGCUUGAAGGGGCUGCUCACUUUAUUGGUGAAGAAAGGCCAGAUGAGAUCAACCAACAUAUAUAUUCUUUUAUCACCCAAUUCUAA